AUGCAAAGGCAGGACGAUGCAGCAAGAGCUAUCCAGAACUAUUAAAUGGUACUCAAACUACAGAACAAAACUAUUAAGGUGUCGUUCGCGCGGCCGAGCAGCGACGCCAUCCAGGGGGCGAACCUGUACGUGUCCGGCCUGCCCAAGUACAUGUCGCAGGACGGAGUCGAAAAGAUGUUCGAUCCAUUCGGUCACAUCAUCACCUGCCGCCUGCUCUGCGACAACGUGUCAGGUCUGUCGAAGGGCGUCGCGUUCGUGCGCUACGACCAGCGCUGCGAGGCCGAGUCCGCCGUGCAGAAGCUGGACGGCACCGUGCCGGACGGCGCCAAGGACCCGAUCACCGUCAAGUUCGCGAACACGCCGACGACGAACGUGAAGGCCUUCUUCCCGCUGACGACCGCCUACCUGUCGGCGACGGCCGCGGUGCAGGCGGCGUCGCUGUCGCGGCGCAGCGUCGUUCUGCCGAGCAUCGCUCCGGGACCGAUGCACCACCACGCCGCGCCCGGCGGCCGAUUCAGGUUCUCGCCGAUCGCGACGGCGCCGGACCCGCUAACGACGAGUCCGCUGAUCACGGCUGGCGUGCAGGCCGCGACCGGCUGGUGCAUCUUCGUCUACAACCUCGCUCCAGAGACAGAGGAGAGCUCGCUGUGGCAGCUGUUCGGCCCGUUCGGCGCCGUGCAGAACGUGAAGGUUAUCCGCGACCCAAACACGCAGAAGUGCAAGGGUUUCGGCUUCGUCACGAUGACCAACUACGACGAGGCGCUCAUCGCGAUACAGAGUCUGAACGGGUACACGUUCAACAACCGCGUGCUGCAGAUCUCCUUCAAGAAGCCGUCGCCGAUGGGCCGCCUGAAGCAGUGACGCGGAGGAG